UUGAAGGGUUUACAACUUUAUACGGAGCACUGGAGUAGUUUAUUCAGUCCAGCCUUGAAACCUAUCCCAGUUUAUUCAUAAAUGACCAUUAAUAUGGACGAUCACAUAGAGAGGGUGCUCUGGACUGAACACCAAAUUGCCGACCGAGUCUCCAGCCUCGCCUCUGAGAUCACCCACCAGUUCUCUAGCGCCGCCGCCGCCGCCCCAGUCUUCGUCGGUGUUGCCAACGGAGCAUUUAUCUUUCUUGCCGAUCUUGUUAGGAAAAUCAACCUGCCAAUCACGGUUGAUUCCAUUCGGGUCAGCUCAUAUGGUUCCGGUUCAGUGUCUAGUGGCAAGCCCAGUAUUUAUUCCGACUUGAAAAUCGAUGUUCAAGGAAAGCAUGUGGUUUUGGUAGAGGACAUAGUGGACACUGGACACACUUUAUCAUGCCUGAUUGAUCAUUUGAAAGCUAAAGGAGCAUCCUCUGUAUCGGUCUGUGCCCUUCUUGAUAAGUCAUCCAGACGGAAGGUCAAUCUUGAGCUUGUGGGAGAUGGCAAGUUUUACUGUGGUUUUCAGUGCCCAGAUUCUUUUGUAGUUGGAUAUGGUUUGGACUUCGCUGAACAGUACAGGAACCUGACUUAUGUUGGGGUUUUGAAGGCCGAAAUGUACAACAAUACUUGACUUAGUCCAUAUUUUAAGCAGAGCGCAGUAUAAAUUGGGAGAUGUUAGACCGAGCUUUCUACUUAUAUUUCUGUAACAGAAACCACCUUUUCCCCUAUAGUAUUAAUAUGUAGUCCAAUUUUCUUCAAGCUGCUUUUGUGCAAUAUGUAUUGGGUUGGGUAAUUGGUCAAAGGUUGAUAGUAAACUUUUGCUUUCAUUUUUAUUCCGAAAGGCAUAAUUAGUCAAAGGUUGAGAGUUCAUAUGUGAUAUGUCUAUUGGGUUGGGUCAGGACAUCGGGUUAGUUUCGAGCUUUUUGUAAAAUUUAAUGGAGCUGUUUGUAAAAUUUCCACCCACUAGUCCAACCCAAACCAUCUGCACCCCAAAAUACACCCACCCGUACGGCUAUG